AUGGUCGACCAGCAGCUUCCCCACUCGUCCCCGGGGAAGGCAAGGUCCCAUCGGUCGCGAGGAUCGAGGGCUUCCAACGCCGGUUCAGCGUCUUCCUCGCCCCGCAUCUCUUCGUCAACUACCUUCCAAUCUGGCAAGAACGAGAACGCGAUUCCCACCAAUGUCAUCACCUACAAGGGACGCCGCAUUCCCGCGCGCAUCGAUCCCGACGCUUCCGCGGUCCGUGCGCGGCGCCGACGAAACAACCAGUCCGCAGCGGAGACAACUAACGACCAGAGCAUUCUUCGCGUUGUCGAGAUCAUGGCCAAGAGCUUCAAUGCGCCGGAACACCAUGUCGCGCUGGCUCUGCGCGAUGAAAGUGACAAUCUGGUCACCCAGGCCAAUAUUGCGGAGAAGGUGGCGUCGCGUGAGACCCUAAAAGGCAUCAAGCGAGGAUGCUGCGGGGCUCUGCCGAAGAGCGAAAACUCGCAAAUCCCCGAGGACACCGGUACGCUGCCCGCCAAGCUCGCACUCUUCAACCUGCAGAAGUACAUCAAGGAGGAUGACUUUGCCGUCGAGUUCAUGCUCAAGGGCGGCGUGAAAUUCCUGGUCGACCUGAUCACGGAUGAGGGGCCCAGGAUUCUGACAGGCAACUCCCUAGCGGGCAUUAGGGGUGUCAUGGAUUACGACAACGGCUGGGGCAACUUCUCGGACGCGUUCAUCGACCGUGUCAUCCGUAUCCUUGCAUCCUCAAACGUCACUAAUGUCGUGCGACCAGCAACCGUAAUCAUCCGGAAGCUCGUUAAUGCGUCGCCGAAGGGCCACAACGCCAAGGGCAAGAGCAAGGCGCGGGAAGACGACGCAGUUAACAACUACGGCUUCGAAAGGAUCUUUGGGCGUAUCUCGGAGGCCGGGCUACAGAUCGACGACGGGCAGGUGGGGCCUGGAGCUGAGCGAGUGUUCCGUCCGAUCGUGAAGCGUCUGGAGGUGCAACGCGAUCUCGAACUUGUCUCACAGAGUUUGGCGCUCAUCAACGCGUGCCUUCGAUCAGCUCAGCAAGAGGGAAGCAAGCGCUAUUCGGAGCUCAUCAGUGUGGUUGAGACUCUGGGAACACGGCGACAUGUGGCGGGCCGUAUUCUGGACUUCCAAAAUCGAUACGCCAACGUCCUGCGGUACCAUUCUCUGCGGCCGGUGCGACCAGCGACGAACACAACACACGAGCGAUAUCUCAGCGACAUCUGGAAUGCGGGUCGCCUCGACGAUGAGGAAGCGACGGCAAGCAGCAUUAACAUCAGCUCUACGCGGAUCAGCAGCCCCGACUACCACCACUCGGGCGGACCGCGCUCUUGGGAGGGAUGGCGUCGCAUGGGGUUGUCAUUGGAGUUUGCGGAUGACUCUGAGGAGCUUAACGAGACGGAGUUGUUCCGAUCAGUGGGCGAGCUCGGCCUGGAAUGCCUACACUACUACGCCAUGCACGAGGAGAACUUCCACAGUGUGGUGUUGGAGCAGCAGGCGCGACCUGAAGACCGACGCUGUCCCAUCGGGCGCGCCAGCGCCGAGUGCGUCAAGGUCCUGUACGAUCACUACAAGAUCUCGCAGUCUGCCUCCCGUGGUUCAUCGCAUUUCCAGCCGUUCAUGCUGAACUUCCCGCGACUGCACUCGCUCGUGCUCAAGUUCUUCCUCCGGAUGUGGCAGGACUCUGAGUCGCGAUUGGACGACUUCGAGCGUUUGAGCUACCUUGUGACGUCCCAGGUCCGACUGACACUCGCAAACGAGCACACCAAGACGUGGUUGAACCUCGAGAACGACUUCCUCGGAACCGACUACAGGAACAUCCGUGACGGACAGAUGGAGAUGAUUGACAAGGAGGAUGGUCUGCUGGAGCGAGCGGCGGUUAACGACUUACGGGAGAAAGUCAGGCGGGAAGCGUAUGAGGUGGUUUCGGACCAGAGGCUUCUCUGCAUGAUGCAAGGAAGUUGGUUUAACGCGGCUCACGUCCUUGUUCCCGGGAUCGAACAGGCGAGUCGACCGACACCAUCGAAGCCCUUGCGCUUCGUUCGCCUCUCGCAGGACCAGCAGACGCUGCACUGGGGAGAGUUCGUGGAGCGCAGCACCGUGCCUCCCAGCUACGAGCAGCUGAAGUAUAAAAGUGGGUCCGCAUACCUGCUGCUUGCUGACCCGACAGUUGACCUUGAUGACGUUACGGAAGUCCACGUUCAAACUGGCUGUGCCAUCGGCUCCCGCAGCCCCGACCUUGUGUCGAAGCUCUCGAUCUCGCUCAUGUCCGGCCCGAAUCUCAGUCUGCUGGACAUUGACGCUAUUCACGCCCAACAGUUCGCGGAGUGGACUGAUGGCCUGCUCGUCCUAAAAGGGCAGUCCGAGAUGGGUACGCAGGAAUCGAACAACUACGUUCAUCUUGCGCUCAAGAUCCGUCUGCUGGACAUUACCGGAGACGGCAUUGAGAUUCCGCAGCGGGUCAACUUUGGAAGUGCACCGAAGAGCACCGACUUCUGGUUUGCAGGAUAG